GCUCCCUUCCCGUUGACGCAGCGACCAUCCGGCAGCGCUCCGACACAUUCACGCGCGCGCUGCAGCUCGCCGUCUCCUCCCAGCCCAGCCCCGAACAUGGCGGCUCUCAAACGCCUCUCCGCCUGGCCCUGGCUCUGCGCCUCCACCUGCCGCUCCGGCGGCGUCUGGUCCAAGGGAUGUGUUGGCUACUUUUCAACCAGUACAUAUCGCCAUACCAAAUUUUAUACAGAUCCAGUGGAAGCUGUAAAAGACAUCCCUGAUGGUGCAACGAUUCUGGUUGGUGGUUUUGGGUUAUGUGGGAUUCCAGAGAACCUUAUAGGAGCUUUACUAAAGACUGGAGUAAAAGGGCUGACUGCAGUCAGCAACAAUGCAGGGGUUGACAACUUUGGCUUGGGCCUUUUACUCCGAUCCAAGCAGAUAAAACGCAUGGUGUCUUCGUACGUUGGGGAAAAUGCAGAAUUUGAACGACAGUACUUGAGUGGUGAAUUAGAAGUAGAGCUGACACCUCAGGGCACGCUUGCGGAGCGGAUUCGUGCAGGUGGGGCUGGAGUUCCUGCAUUUUACACCAGCACCGGGUAUGGGACCCUGGUGCAACAAGGAGGGUCACCGAUCAAAUACAACAAGGAUGGCAGCAUUGCCAUUGCCAGUAAGCCAAGAGAGGUGAGGGAGUUUAAUGGCCAGCAUUUUAUUUUGGAGGAAGCAAUUACGGGAGAUUUUGCUUUGGUGAAAGCCUGGAAGGCAGACCAAGCAGGAAAUGUGAUUUUCAGGAAAAGUGCAAGGAAUUUCAACUUGCCGAUGUGCAAGGCGGCAGAAACCACAGUGGUGGAGGUUGAAGAAAUUGUGGAUAUUGGAUCAUUUGCCCCAGAAGACAUCCAUAUUCCUAAGAUUUAUGUACAUCGCCUUAUAAAGGGAGAAAAAUAUGAGAAAAGGAUUGAGCGUUUAUCAGUCCGGAAAGAGGAAGAUGUAAAAGCCAUCGGUAAACCUGGAGAUAAUGUAAGGGAACGUAUCAUCAAGCGGGCAGCUCUUGAAUUUGAAGAUGGCAUGUAUGCUAAUUUGGGCAUAGGAAUCCCGCUUCUGGCCAGCAACUUUAUCAGCCCAAAUAUCACAGUUCAUCUGCAAAGUGAAAAUGGAAUCCUGGGUUUGGGUCCAUAUCCGCUACAAAAUGAAGUUGAUGCAGAUCUAAUCAAUGCAGGCAAGGAAACAGUUACUGUUCCAGGAGCCUCUUACUUCUCCAGCGAUGAAUCAUUUGCAAUGAUUAGAGGGGGCCAUGUGAAUCUAACAAUGCUAGGAGCAAUGCAGGUUUCCAAAUAUGGUGACCUGGCUAACUGGAUGAUACCUGGGAAGAUGGUGAAAGGAAUGGGAGGGGCUAUGGAUCUCGUGUCCAGUGCUAAGACCAAAGUGGUGGUCACCAUGGAGCAUUCUGCAAAGGGAAAUACACAUAAAAUCAUGGAGAAAUGUACAUUGCCACUGACUGGAAAGCAGUGCGUCAACCGCAUCAUUACUGAAAAGGCUGUGUUUGACGUGGACAACAAGAAAGGACUGACUCUGAUUGAACUCUGGGAAGGCCUGACCGUGGAUGACAUCAAAAAGAGCACUGGGUGUGAUUUUGCAGUUUCACCAAAACUCAUGCCAAUGCAGCAGAUCACAACUUGAAAUGUGGAAUAGACAUUUCUCCCAGGUUGUGUGUUUCUCAUUUUAACCACAUAGGAUUUCAUUCAAAGGACAUCAGUAAUCAUAAUUGUAUAUCUAAGAAGCAGUUUUGACUAGUUUUCUUCCAGCAUUUUACACUGUAGCAGCCAUGUAGUCUUUAUUCUCUCUAGUGUGCUAUAAAGUUUUAAUGAAAGACAAAUAUAUAUAUAUAAUAUAAAUGAUUAUCUUACUUGUUUUAUGAUUGCUUUGAAGGCUUAUCUUUACAAUUGGUGCUCACAUUGGAUUUAUCUUUACCUUUUGUGAUAUGUACACAAAAUUGUACCAAGAUGGGCCCUUAGGAACACUUUCACUGAUGUGCUGUCCCUCCCAACUAAAUCAUGACGUAUAGAAAAAAAGAAUGAGGGAGAUAAAGAACUCCACCCAGAGUAUACCCAAGGCAGCAUUGCACUAGUGCUGAAUGAUAACAUCUGUGUGAAUUUUGAGUAGGAGAAAUGCUGUCUUAAUGAUUAUGUUUUUCUUUUGGCCUCCUCUGACUUUUCUUUUAGAGCCUCUGAUUUUGUGAUUGCAUCUUGUUUCCCUAAAGCAUCCCUUCUCCUCCCACACUUUCUACAACUAAAUCGAUGUUCAGUAAGGCAAACAGGAACAUCUCUGUGUGGGAGAAGUAACUGGUUCAUGGGAGAGACCAGAGUGUGUAGGGUCUGCUGGUGCUGACGUCUCACCAACAAGUUGCCUUUAUAAACCAAGCAACCAUUUGUGCUUUGCCAAAGACGAAGGUUUAUUAUGAGAAGAGGGCUAUAAACCUAACUGAUCUAGUCAGUUUUCUCAUUUUAAAAUAAUGCAGUAUUUCUGUGUAUCCAGAGGGAUCCUUAAGAGGCUUUCUCUAUGUGAUUGAGGUACAGUGGGCUACUCCUUCAAGACUUCCUUUUAAGCCACAAGGUGCUAUGGGAUAAUUUAUCAUGAAUCCUGUCACAGUGACAACAGAGU